AUGACCUCUGACCUGAGGACCAAUAACAGAGCUUGUGGUACGGAACACUACAGGCUCAGCAUGACCUCUGACCUGAGGACCAAUAACAGAGCCUGUGGUACGGAACACUGCAGGCUCAGCAUGACCUCUGACCUGAGGACCAAUAACAGAGCUGUGGUACGGAACACUACAGGCUCAGCAUGACCUCUGACCUGAGGACCAAUAACAGAGCUGUGGUACGGAACACUACAGGCUCAGCAUGACCUCUGACCUGAGGACCAAUAACAGAGCUGUGGUACGGAACACUACAGGCUCAGCAUGACUCUCUGACCUGAGGAACCAAUAACAGAGCUGUGGUACGGAACACUGCAGGCUCAGCAUGACCUCUGACCUGAGGACCAAUAACAGAGCUGUGGUACGGAACACUGCAGGCUCAGCAUGACCUCUGACCUGAGGACCAAUAACAGAGCUGUGGUACGGAACACUACAGGCUCAGCAUGACCUCUGACCUGAGGACCAAUAACAGAGCUGUGGUACGGAACACUGCAGGCUCAGCAUGACAGAAUGACUGAGUGAACACUCUAGAAUAGAUUGCACUUCUGCAGACUCCAGAGCUUGGCCUAAAAUGAUGAUAUGGUUGUAUAAUGGUUGUAUAAUGGUUGUAUAAUGGUUGUAUAAUGGUUGUUGUUUUAUAUGAAUGAGAUUUUACUGUGUGGCAACUAUGACAAGUGUAAAUACCUUGAGAUAUAAACGUUCUAGUUUAUGGAAGCUGAAUUGACAACGUAAUAACCUGUAAUGUGGAAAUUCACGUGAUGCUGCUGUUGAUGAGGCUAGAUAUUGGUGUGGCCAUAGAAACAUUAUUGUAGUGUCUGUUUUAGGCCUAUACCUAACAGUGGCUUGACUGAAUUUACAUAACCAAUGGGGAAAGUAAGUCUACCACAAAUGUCAUCUUCGGAUCCCCGGUGAAGUGUCUCCUCUGCUGUGUGAAAAAUGUCUGGCUACCUCCUUGGAUUUACAGCCUGCUACUCUACAAUAGGUACCUUUUUUAAACUAGCCGUGACGUUAGAUGUGUUGUCUAUCCCGAGUAAUGUGGCUGUCCUCUCUCUGGCUCCCCCUACAGGUGCCUCUGAUGCUGAUAGAGAGUGUGGAGAGCAGAGACAUGUUCCAACUGCACAUCAUCUGCAAGGACUCCAAAGUCGUCAGGUAAAGAGAAACUCCUAUCUAGGACACCUACACUGGCCAGGACACCUACACUGGCCAGGACACCUACACUGGCCAGAGACCACUGUCAACUACUAUCAGGACGUACAGACAGACACAUGGAUACCAUGUGCCCCACCAAUCAGCGUUUUUUUUUUUUUUUGCCAGACCAAAAAUAGGAAUUGUAUUCAUAAUAGUAUUCCUUUUUGUUUUACGUUUGAUUGACAUAUUAAGCACAACAUUAUAUUUUAAUGCAUGUGUAGGCUUAGAGACUUGGCAAUAGUCUCUUCUAUUUUGGAUUUACCGCAAUAUUUCUACUACUGAGAACUGUUGAGAAAAUAGCUCAUUUGUUAUUGCUCGGAGUUGGAAAAGAGAUGUCAUGAAGUUUGCUUAAGAACUGGUUUGGCUCAAAAACACUUGGAUGCUUAUUAUUUUAAUUUUUUGAAAGACUUGAGUUUUCAACUGAACAAAGAGCCCACUUCUCUCUCAGAAAGCACUGCCUCAGACAGAGACAUCAGAAGUGUUCCCAUGUCUUUGAUUGGCCUUGUGUCCUACCUGAGGAGCAGAUGUGAUGUGGAAGGGCCCUGGGAAACACUGUUCUGUUCUCCAUGAAUACUCACCAUAUUGAAGAACCCUCCGAACACUCAUUAGAAUAGAGAACUAUAGAAUACUCACCAUAUUGAAGAACCCUCCGAACACUCAUUAGAAUAGAGAACUAUAGAAUACUCACCAUAUUGAAGAACCCUCCGAACACUCAUUAGAAUAGAGAACUAUAGAAUACUCACCAUAUUGAAGAACCCUGAAUACACUCAUUAGAAUAGAGAACUAUAGAAUACUCACCAUAUUGAAGAACCCUCUGAACACUCAUUAGAAUAGAGAACUAUAUAAUAAUAUCCGUAUUAAAGAGCAUUAAUUAUGACCCUGCUUGUGUGCUGGAAGAGAGCAUAUUAUACAGUAGCCCUAUAUCUAAACCCUAUAUCUAAAUCACUAAAAAUACACUCUCGCCAUCCCCCCUCCCCUUAUUCUGUCCAAUUUAAGAUGACUGUAUGAUCAUGUAGGCCACACAUGAUUAUGAAGUGUCUUUGGGUCCUUGAAAAGCACUAAAUAAAACCUGGGUAUUAUUAUUCUUAGGCAAAACAUGAUAAUAUGGAAAAACCAAGAUAUGGACAAACAAGAAAAUAUGGAAAAACCAAGAUAAUAUGGUGAAACCAUGAUAAAAAUAAAAUCAAAGUUUAUUGGUACACAGAUUUGCAGAUGUUAUCGCAGGUACAGGGCAGUAAUGCUUGUGUUUCUAGCUCCAACAGUACAGUAAUGCUUGUGUUUCUAGCUCCAACAGGGCAGUAAUGCUUGUGUUUCUAGCUCCAACAGUACAGUAAUGCUUGUGUUUCUAGCUCCAACAGGGCAGUAAUGCUUGUGUUUCUAGCUCCAACAGUACAGUAAUGAUUGUGUUUCUAGCUCCAACAGUACAGUAAUGAUUGUGUUUCUAGCUCCAACAGUACAGUAAUGAUUGUGUUUCUAGCUCCAACAGUACAGUGAUGCUUGUGUUUCUAGCUCCAACAGGGCAGUAAUGAUUAUGUUUCUAGCUCCAACAGUACAGUAAUGCUUGUGUUUCUAGCUCCAACAGUACAGUAAUGCUUGUGUUUCUAGCUCCAACAGGGCAGUAAUGCUUGUGUUUCUAGCUCCAACAGGGCAGUAAUGCUUGUGUUUCUAGCUCCAACAGUACAGUAAUGAUGUGUUUCUAGCUCCAACAGUACAGUAAUGCUUGUGUUUCUAGCUCCAACAGUACAGUAAUGAUUGUGUUUCUAGCUCCAACAGUGCAGUAAUGAUUGUGUUUCUAGCUCCAACAGUACAGUAAUGCUUGUGUUUCUAGCUCCAACAGGGCAGUAAUGCUUGUGUUUAUAGCUCCAACAGUGCAGUAAUGCUUGUGUUUCUAGCUCCAACAGUACAGGUGUUUCUAGCUCCAACAGUACAGGUGUUUCUAGCUCCAAAAGUACAGUAAUGCUUGUGUUUCUAGCUCCAACAGUACAGGUGUUUGUAGCUCCAACAGUACAGGUGUUUCUAGCUCCAACAUUACAGAAAUGCUUGUGUUUCUCGCUCCAACAGUACAGGUGUUUCUAGCUCCAACAGUACAGGUGUUUCUAGCUCCAACAGUACAGGUGUUUGUAGCUCCAACAGUACAGGUGUUUGUAGCUCCAACAGUACAGUAAUGCUUGUGUUUCUCGCUCCAACAGUACAGGUGUUUCUAGCUCCAACAGUACAGGUGUUUCUAGCUCCAACAGUACAGUAAUGCUUGUGUUUCUAGCUCCAACAGUACAGGUGUUUGUAGCUCCAACAGUACAGGUGUUUAUAGCUCCAACAGUACAGAAAUGCUUGUGUUUCUAGCUCCAACAGUACAGGUGUUUGUAGCUCCAACAGUACAGGUGUUUGUAGCUCCAACAGUACAGGUGUUUGUAGCUCCAACAGUACAGGUGUUUGUAGCUCCAACAGUGCAGGUGCUUGUAGCUCCAACAGUACAAAUAAACAAUACACAUAUAAUCCCCAGAAAACUAAUAAGUUAUAUUGGAUGAGCCCUGACUACAAUACAGUAUCUACACUACCGGUCAACGGUUUUACAACACCUACUCAUUCAAGGGUUUUUCUUUAUUUUUUACUAUUUACUACAUUGUAGAAUAAUAGUGAAGACAUCAAAACUAUGAAAUAACACAUAUGGAAUCAUGUAGUAACCAAAAAAGUGUUUAAACAAAUCAAAAUAUAUUUCAUGUUUGAGAUUCUUCAAAUAGCCACUCUUUGCCUUGAUGACAGCUUUGCACACACUUGGCAUUCUCUCAACCAGCUUCACCUGGAAUGCUUUUCUAACAGUCUUGAAGGAUAGAUUCUGAUUGGUCAGACCAACGUUGAACAGUCCGUACCACUGAAGCUUCCUGUUUUAAGUUUCUGCCUAUAGGUGGGGAUGAGUAGACUGGAGGUGUGAUCUGAUUUGCCAAAGGGAAGUUGGGGGAGGGCCUUGUAGCCGUCCCGGAAGGGAGAGUAGCAAUGAUCCAGGGUCUGUGUUGCGCGUGUAGCAGAGGAGAUGUGUUGAUAGAAUUUCGGUAGCGUUUUCCUCAGAUAUCCUUUAUUAAAAUCCCCCAGCUACAAUAAAAUGCGGCCUCAGGGUAUGCGGUUUCCAGUUUGCACAUAGUCCGUUGUAGUUCCUUGAGAGCCGUGUCGGCUUGGGGGGGGGGAUAUACACGGCAGUGACGAUGACCGAAGAAAAUUCUCGGGAUGUAAUGCGGUCGCCAUUCGAUGGUGAAGUAUUCCAGAUGGGAAGAACAAAAGGACUUGAGUUCCUGGACAUUACAAUCACACCAUGAGUUGUUCAUCGUCAAACAAUCCCCUUCUGCCUUUCUUUCUCCCGGAGAGUUCUUUCUCCCUGUCCGCGCGAUGGUUGAUAAUAUGGUGAAACCGUGAUAUGGACAAAGAGUGAUAAUAUGGUGAAACCGUGAUAUGGACAAAGAGUGAUAAUAUGGUGAAACCGUGAUAUGGACAAAGAGUGAUAAUAUGGUGAAACCGUGAUAUGGACAAAGAGUGAUAAUAUGGUGAAACCGUGAUAUGGACAAAGAGUGAUAAUAUGGUGAAACCGUGAUUUUUUUUUUAAGGUCCUGGCCAUCCUCUGACUUCCCGCCCUGAUGUGUUUUUGUUCUGUUAUCACCUCAGAUGCCGCUUCUCCACGUUCAAGCAGUGCCAGGAGUGGCUGAAGCGUCUGACCCGGGCCAUAGCCCGCCCUGGCAGGCUGGAGGAUCUGUUUGCCCUGGCCUAUCACGCCUGGUGCCUGGGGGGCAGCACUGACGAUGAGGACCAGCACCUACACCUCUGCAGACCAGGUCAGAGACACACACACUCACACACAUACACACACACACACACACACACACACACACACACACACACACACACACACACACACACACACAGAGAGAGAGAGAUACCUACAGGAAAUACGUAUUUGAGCUGACGGCUCAGAGAACUGGGAUUUCUUUAUAGCCUUUAUCACUUCACUCCCAACAGACGGACUGAUAUAUUCUCUGUGCACGUGGAUAUAUAUUGUCUGUGCACGUGGAUAUAUAUUGUCUGUGCACGUGGAUAUAUAUUCUCUGUGCACGUGGAUAUAUAUUCUCUGUGCACGUGGAUAUAUAUUCUCUGUGCACGUGGAUAUAUAUUCUCUGUGCACGUGGAUAUAUAUUCUCUGUGCACGUGGAUAUAUAUUCUCUGUGCACGUGGAUAUAUAUUCUCUGUGCACGUGGAUAUAUAUUCUCUGUGCACGUGGAUGCACAGAGAAUAUACUGAUUUUGAGCUGAAUAAUUAAAAUCUUCAGGGAACUGAGGGUUCGGGUUCCCUCAUUGUAGCCAUUUUGUUCAUAUCAAAUCAUCCCUUUCUCUUUGACAUCACUCAAUCCAUCUCCCCCUUUACGCUCUUCAUCACUCAAUCUAUCUCCCCCUUUACGCUCUUCAUCACUCAAUCUAUCUCCCCCUUUACGCUCUUCAUCACUCAAUCCAUCUCCCCCUUUACGCUCUUCAUCACUCAAUCCAUCUCCCCCUUUACGCUCUUCAUCACUCAAUCUAUCUCCCCCUUUACGCUCUUCAUCACUCAAUCUAUCUCCCCCUUUACGCUCUUCAUCACUCAAUCCAUCUCCCCCUUUACACUCUUCAUCACUCAAUCCAUCUCCCCCUUUACACUCUUCAUCACUCAAUCCAUCUCCCCCUUUACGCUCUUCAUCAUCUCAAUCCAUCUCCCCCUUUACGCUCUUCAUCACUCAAUCCAUCUCCCCCUUUACGCUCUUCAUCAUCUCAAUCUAUCUCCCCCUUUACGCUCUUCAUCAUCUCAAUCCAUCUCCCCCUUUACGCUCUUCAUCAUCUCAAUCCAUCUCCCCCUUUAACGCUCUUCAUCAUCUCAAUCCAUCUCCCCCUUUACGCUCUUCAUCAUCUCAAUCUAUCUCCCCCUUUACGCUCUUCAUCAUCUCAAUCUAUCUCCCCCUUUACGCUCUUCAUCAUCUCAAUCUAUCUCCCCCUUUACGCUCUUCAUCAUCUCAAUCCAUCUCCCCCUUUACGCUCUUCAUCACUCAAUCCAUCUCCCCCUUUACGCUCUUCAUCAUCUCAAUCUAUCUCCCCCUUUACGCUCUUCAUCAUCUCAAUCCAUCUCCCCCUUUACGCUCUUCAUCAUCUCAAUCUAUCUCCCCCCUUUACGCUCUUCAUCAUCUCAAUCCAUCUCCCCCUUUACGCUCUUCAUCAUCUCAAUCCAUCUCCCCCUUUACGCUCUUCAUCAUCUCAAUCCAUCUCCCCCUUUAUGCUCUUCAUCAUCUCAAUCCAUCUCCCCCUUUACGCUCUUCAUCAUCUCAAUCCAUCUCCCCCUUUAUGCUCUUCAUCAUCUCAAUCCAUCUCCCCCUUUACGCUCUUCAUCAUCUCAAUCCAUCUCCCCCUUUACGCUCUUCAUCAUCUCAAUCCAUCUCCCCCUUUACGCCCUUUCCCUGUGUCUGUAGGUGACCAUGUCCUCUUUCUCUGUGUGUCUGUAGGUGAUCAUGUCCUCUUUCUCUGUGUGUCUGUAGGUGAUCAUGUCCGUCAGAGGCUGCAGAUGGAGGUGAAGAGGAUGGGCUUCGACAUGCAGAACGCCUGGAGAGUGUCCGACAUCAACCUCAACUACAAGUACGACACACACAGACACAACGCAGAGCAGGAAGAUUUAUGAUCAAACUGCUGCCUCAUCAAGUUGACGCGCACACACACACACACACACCACCCCCUUAAUUAGCCAGCCCACUCUCUCCUAAGCAGGCACGUCUGUCUGUGCUGUCAAAUGGUCCCAGGCUAGCUAGCGGAACAGACUGGAUGGGGAGAGUGACUCAGCAUUUCAAAGUGCCUUUUCUGUGCCAGUCAGUGUUUGAACUUUCUCUCUCUGUCGUUACUUGGCUCUUGAUCAUCUGUGUGACAGCUCUGAAGGAGAGGACAGACAGACGGACAGUAGGGAGAAUGGACAGACACUAGGGAGAGUGGGAGGUAGAGAAAGGAGGAUUAGUGGGAGGGCGAGUGGGAGGUAGAGAAAGGAGGAUUAGUGGGAGGGAGAGUGGGAGGUAGAGAAAGGAGGAUUAGUGGGAGGGAGAGUGGGAGGUAGAGAAAGGAGGAUUAGUGGGAGGUAGAGAAAGAAGGAUUAGUGGGAGGUAGAGAAAGAAGGAUUAGUGGGAGGGAGAGUGGGAGGUAGAGAAAGGAGGAUUAGUGGGAGGGAGAGUGGGAGGUAGAGAAAGGAGGAUUAGUGGGAGGUAGAGAAAGGAGGAUUAGUGGGAGGGAGAGUGGGAGGUAGAGAAAGAAGGAUUAGACAGAGGAGUAGAGUAGGAGUCACUGUCAUCCCUGUGACAGACUGAGCUCUCUCUCUCUAAAGGACAGUCAGGCCGUGAGGCCCAUACAGACUGGUAGUGUACUGUUAGGAGGACUCUGUCUAACCUUCAGAAGUAUUCAGACCCUUUGCUAUGAGAUUUGAAAUUGAGCUCAGGUGCAUCCAUUGAUCAUCCUUGAGAUGUUUCUACAACUUGACUGGAGUCCACCUGUGGUAAAUUCAAUUGAUUGGACAUGAUUUGGAAAGGCACACACCUGUCUGUAUAAGGUCCCACAGUUGACAGUGCAUGUCAGAGCAAACACCAAGCCAUGAGGUUGAAGGAAUUGUCCGUAAAGCUCCGAGACAGGAUUGUGUCGAGGCACAGAUUUGGGGAAGGGUACCAAAACAUUUCUGCAGCAUUGAAGGUCCCCAAGAACACAGUGGCCUCCAUCAUUCUUAAAUGGAAGAAGUUUGGAACCACCAAGACUCUUCCUAGAGCUGGCCGCCCAAACUGAGCAAUCAGGGGAGAAGGGGUGUGUGUGUGAGAGAGAGAGAGAGCGGUGACCAAGAACCUGAUGGUCACUCUGACAGAGCUCCAGAGUUCCACUGUGGAGAUGGGAGAACCUUCCAGAAAGACAACCAUCUCUGCAGCACUCCACCCAUCAGGCCUUUAUGGUAGAGUGGCCAGACGGAAGCCACUCCUCAGUAAAAGGCACAUGACAGCCCACUUGGAGUUUGCCAAAAGGCACCUAAAGGACUUUCAGACCAUGAGAAACAAGAUUCUCUGGUUUGAUGAAACCAAGAUUGAACUCUUUGGCCUGAAUGCCAAGCGUCACGUCUGGAGGAAACCUGGCAUCAUCCCUACGGUGAAGCAUGUUGGUGGCAGCAUCAUGCUGUGGGGAUGUUUUUCAGCGGCAGGGACUGGGAGUCUAGUCAGGAUCAAGGGAAAUAUGAACGGAGCAAAGUACAGAGAGAUCCAUGAUGAAAACCUGCUCCAGAGCGCUCAGGACCUCAGACUGGGGUGAAGGUUCACCCUCCAACAGGACAACAACCCUAAGCACACAGCCAAGACAGCGCAGGAGUGGCUUUGUGACAAGUCUCUGAAUGUCCUUGAGUGGCCCAGCCAGAGCCCGGACUUGAACCUGAUUGAACAUCUCUGGAGAGACCUGAAAAUAGCUGUGCUGCGACGUUCCCCAUCCAACCUGACAGAGCUUGAGAGGAUCUGCAGAGAAGAAUGGGAGAAUUAUUGUGUGUAGAUUGCUGAGGAUUUGUAUUUAUUUUAAUCCAUUUAGAAUAAGGCUGUAACGUUAACAACAUGUGGUUAAAGUCAAGGGGUCUGAAUACCUUCUGAAUGCACGGUGUAGAGGAGGCAUGGAGAUGGUGUACGUGCUGGAGUGUCAGAAUAGGUUAUAGAAUAGAUUAUAGUAAGAAUAGAUUAUAGAAUAGAUUAUAGUAAGAAUAGAUUAUAGAAUAGAUUAUAGAAUAGAUUAUAGAAUAGGUUAUAGUAAGAAUAGAUUAUAGAAUAGGUUAUAGUAAGAAUAGAUUAUAGAAUAGGUUAUAGUAAGAAUAGAUUAUAGAAUAGGUUAUAGUAAGAAUAGAUUAAGAAAGUAGAUUAGUAACGAAUAUUAUAGCUGAAAGUUAUAGAAGUAUGUUGAAUGAUAUAGAAUGAUUUAUAGGUAAUUGUAAAGUGAUUGACUAGGUAAUGCCUGAAUUCUAGUAGUUGGCUUGUAAACAACUCAUGAUGUUUCUAGACUAGUUAUAAAGCCACUAACAGGUUUGGUGAUACCUGAUUACCCUGCAUCGGGUUAUAUGUCAGGCUUAUAUGUCGGGUUUGAGUCAGUGUUCAUGCUGGUUUCAUCGAUACGUUCAAGCUACAUGUUUAUGCAGAUGGCUUAUGCUAGCUAUGUCGCUAGUUUGAUAGGAUUUACAGUACACGAGCUUACGAUAACCUUUGUUGACUAGAUUUAGACUCAGCUAUGCCUAGUUUAAGGCUCGGGCUAUAGGGAUACUGCCGGAUAUCUCAUUAUAGCAUGCUGGUAAUCAUUCACUUUGGAUGUUUAUCUGGAUUAAAGCCCCUCUCUAACGUUUGGUGCACUACCUUGGUAAUUACCCUGCUCUGCUGUGUGCUUUUAUAUGUCCCAGGGCUUUUAUAUGUCCCAGGGCUUUGAGUCAGGUUCGUCAGUAGUGAUACAUGUACAUUCCUAUACGUAUCAAGCUACAUGCGUUUUAUGCAGAUGGACCUUAUUGCUUAGUGCAUAUGUAGUGAAGGUGAUUUGAUAAACUAUACGCGCUUGACGAGUAACCUUGCCUUUUGAGCUAAAGACUUCAGCUAGCUGCCUAGGGUUUAUCUCAGCGGUCUAAUGCAGUAUUGUGGCUAGCAGGACACAUGGGUUCCAAUCCAGUCGACUGUAUGAUCUGUAUAUAAUCCUAACCUCUCUCCCCUCGUCUCCCCUCCCCUCCCCUCCCCUCCCCUCCCCUCCCCUCCUCUCCCCCCGUCUCCCCUCCCCUCCCCUCCCCUCCCCUCGUCUCCCCUCCUGCCAGGCUGUGCUCCAGCUACCCCCAGAAGCUGCUGGUGCCAGUGUGGAUUACAGACAAGGAGUUGGAGAGUGUGGGCUCCUUCAGGUCCUCCAAGAGAAUCCCUGUGGUGGUCUAUAGGUAGGUACACACACACACACACACACACACACACACACACACACUCGCCAUACUAUACACACACACACACACACACACACUCGCCAUACUAUACACACACACACACACACACACACUCGCCAUACUAUACACAAGCACAUUUUUGUCAUUUAGCAGACACUCUUAUCCAGAACGACUUACAGUUAGUGUGUUCACUUUUAAGGUAGCUAGUUUAGACAACCACAUCACAAUGUUUUUUUUUAUUUUCUUCUCAAUAGAGCAGCCAUCAGCAAAGUCAGCACUAGUAAGAAAAGAAAAGACGAGUGUGAGUGUGAGAAAGUCAAGGGUGUUUGUUUUUUGGUCAGGGAAGAGGUAGUUUUUCAGGUGUUGUCGGAAGAUGGGCAGGGACUCGGCUGUCCUGAUUUUAGGAUUUUAUGAAGCUCCCCAUUAGCUGUUGCAAAAGCAGCAGCUACUGUUCCCGGGUUCUGAUAUUAGGGGGGAGCUUGUGCCAGGACAGAGAAGAGCUUAGACUGGGAUGAGCCGGCCCCUCGUAGGGGUGGGAGGGCCAAGAGACCAGAGGUGGCAGAACGCAGUGCUCGGGUUAGGGGUGUAGGGUUUGAGCAAGGACUCUGGUUGGGAUGUAGGGUUUGAGCAUAGCCUGAAGGUAAGGAGGGACAGUCCCCCUUGCUACUCCGUAGACAAGCACCAGGGUCUUGAAGAUGAUGCAAGCUUCAACUGGAAGCCAGUGGACGGUGCGGAGGAACGGGGAGACGUGGGAGAACUUGGGAAUGUUGAACACCAGGCGUGCUGUGGAGUUGCAGGGGUUUGAUUGCACAAGCAGGGAGCUUGUGGUAGUCCAGUCGUACUCUACUGAUGUUGUUGCAGGGAUCGGCAACAAGCAGAGGGAUUUUUUUGGGCCCCCCAAAGUUUUUAGGAUUUUUGUGUAAAAUCACCAGCAAUUCAGCUGAAAAUUAGUUCAAUUUAGGAAAUCUGUUUCCAAGUAUUCCCACGAAUAAAAAAGAGACAUACUGUAUAUGAUCGUGUCUCAAUGUAAUCAAGGUAUGAAAUUAUUAUUUUCAAAUACAAUCUCUUUUUGGGCUUAGUUGUGUUCAAUUUGCUGUGUCGUCCCAUGGCUGAAUUUAGUUGCUUACUUCUGUUGUAGAGCGUGAAUCUGCAGGAGCGAGUCACUGCUUUGAUGUUUGCAGUUAACGACAGGGUGUUGUCCAGGAUCACGCUGCGGUUAUUUGCACUCUGGGAGAGGGACACUGAGUUGUCAACCGUGAUGGACAGGUCUUGGAGAGGGUAGGCCUUCCCCGGGAGGAAGAGCAGCUCUGUCUUGUCGAGGUUGAGCUUGAGGUGGUGGGCUGUCAUCCAAUCUGAAAUGUCGGCCAGGCACGCAGAGAUACGUGUCACCACCUGGUUGUCUGAAGGAGGAAGAACACACACUGAAACAUACACACGGACACACACACUGAAACAUACACACGGACACACACACUGAAACAUACACACGGACACACACACUGAAACAUACACACGGACACACACACUGAAACAGACACACACACUGAAACAGACACACACACACGGACACACACACACACACGGACACACACACACGGACACACACACACACACGGACACACACACACACACACUGAAACAGACACGGACACACACACACACUGAAACAGACACGGACACACACACACACUGAAACAGACACGGACACACACACACUGAAACAGACACGGACACACACACACUGAAACAGACACGGACACACACACACUGAAACAGACACGGACACACACACACUGAAACAGACACGGACACACACACACACACUGAAACAGACACGGACACACACACUGGCACAUUCCAAAUAUCCUCACCAUACCCAGCCUAUGGACCAACACAUUCCAAACACAUGGCUAAUGUUUUGACCUGCUCUGGUUUUGUAAUGUAUUGUUUACUGAUGGAUAGUCCCCCUAUCCUGCCGUCCCACCAGGCACCAGAGGAACGGGGCAGUGAUCGCCCGCUGCAGCCAGCCAGAGAUCAGCUGGUGGGGCUGGAGGAACACAGAGGAUGAGUACCUGGUAACAUCCAUCUCGAAGGCCUGUCUGAUGGACCCCGGGGCCAGGUUCACCUGUGGGGCCCCAGCCUGCAGCCAGCCCAGAGGGGAGGGCCCAGACAGCUCUGACAGCGACUUUGGUAAGGAUGUGAUCUGGGUUUAGUCUUAUUUAUUGACCUUAGGUAAGUAACACUGCUCAAUGCAUUGUAACUGCAUCGUCGUGCAUUAUACCUGCAGGCUUUAAGUUAGGUGUUACCAGCCUUAACUUUACAAGACAAGUUGACAGACGGAGAAGACAUUCUCAUCAACAGCAAUAACCUGGAGAGAGGAGAGAGGGGAGAGGACGAGAGGGAAAGCCAUAGGGGAGCCUGAGGGGAGAGGGGAGAGGGGAGUAGGAAGGGAAGGAGGAGGGUAGGAGAGAGGGGAGGAGGAGUGAGAGAGGGGGGGCGAGGGGGGAGGAGAGGGGGGAGGAGAGGGUGGUGAGGAGGGGAGGGUAGGAGGGGGGGAGGUAGAGGUAGGAGGGAGGAGAGGGGGGAGUAGGAGGAGGGGUGGGGGAGGGCGCAGGGGGGGAGGGAGGGUAGGAGGUCUGGGAGGGAGGAGGAGAGGGGGAGAGAGGAGCGAGGGUGGAGUGGAUGAGAGGGUGAGGGAGGAGGAGAGGGAGGAGAGGAGGAGAGGGAGGAGGAGGGCAGGGCGGAGGGGAGGGUAGGAGGAGAGGAGAGGAGAGGGGGCGAGGGUAGGAGGAGAGGGGGGGGCAGGGUAGGAGGAGGGAGAGGGGGAGGGUAGGGGAGAGGGGAGGAGUAGGGGGAGGCGUAGGGGAGAGGAGAGGGGGAGGGGAGGAGAGGGGAGGAGGUGGGGGUGGAGUGGUCAGGAGUGGAGGGGAGAGGUAGGAGGAGGGGAGGGUAGGAGGAGAUGGGGAGGCGAGGGAGGGGGAGGGGGGGAGGGAUGAGGAGAGGAGAGGGGAGAAGGAGGGAGAGAGGGGGGAGAGGAGAGAGAGGAGAGGGUAGGAGGAGAGGGGAGAAGGAGGGGGAGAGGAGAGAGGGGGGAGGGGAGGAUGUCUUAACAGCAAUAACCUGGGGAAGAGUGGAGCGGAGUUCAGGAUUACGCCGAGGUAUUUGCACUCUGGGAGAGGGACACAGUUGUCAACCGUGAUGGACAGGUCUUGGAAUGGGCAGGCCUUCCCCGGGAGGAAGAGCAGCUCUGUCUUGUCGAGGUUGAGCUUGAGGUGGUGGGCUGUCAUCCAAGCUUAAAUGUCGGCCAGGCACGCAGAUACGUGUCCCCCACCUGGUUGUCCAGAAGGAGGAAGAACCACUGAACAGACACGGACACACAACUGAAAACACACGGACACACACACUGAAACAGACGCGGACACACACACUGAAACAGACGCGGACACACACACUGAAACACACACACGGACACACACACUGAAACAUACGCGGACACACACACUGAAACAUACACGGACACACACACACUGAAACAUACGCGGACACACACACUGAAACAGACACGGACACACACACUGAAACAGACACGGACACACACACUGAAACAGACACGGACACACACACUGAAACAGACACGGACUGAAAUGGACACGCACACUGAAACAUUGUAAAUAUCCUGGACCAACACAUUCCAAACACAUGGCUAAUGUGUGACCGCUCUGGUUUGAAUGUAUUGUUUAGAUGAUAGGGGAGUGGAGUCCAGGAUCAUGCGAGGUUUUUUGCACUCUGGGAAGGGGGACAACUGAGAGGAGUGGAGUUCCGGAUCAUGCCUGAGGUUAUUUGCAUUUCUGGGAGAGGAAUUUAGAGGAGUGGAGUUCCAGGAUCAUGCUGAGGUUAUUUGCACUCUGGGAGAGGGACACUGAGAGGAGUGGAGUUCCAGGAUCAUGCUGAGGUUAUUUGCACUCUGGGAGAGGGACACUGAGUGGAGUGGAGUUCACUUUACAAUUUAAAUACUGUAAAUCUCACAGCACUGUCUUUAGCACUUCUUCUUCCCAGUCUGUUGACACCAGUGGGGAAUGGGAGACAGGACAUGUGGAACUAACUGCUAACUAACUAACUAACUGCACAUUCAGCUCACUCAUUUUUCUCUGACCCAAAAACAACCCCAAUUAGAUUGAUGAGAACUAGCUGCCCUAACAGACAAUGAAGACAUGCCUGGGAUGUGCCAUUCUCAAUUAACACAUUCACAUUGGUUCACGAACACAGACACACACACACACACACACACACACACACACACAACACACACACACACACACACACAACACACACACACACACACACAUAAAUUGUGGCUAGACAGAGGAUGGAUUGUCACCAGUCAGGACCGGAUGCGUUGGGCUAAAAGGACCAUGACUCUUUUGUUUGGUACCUUGUUUAUGUGUUGGUGGCCAGGAGUGUGGAGCCCGUUUUGGGAGUGACUGGUCCCCUACCGUCCGUCUCGCUCCCUCGCUCCCUCCCUCACUCUCUCAAAUCAAAUUGUAUUUGUCACAUGCGCCGAAUACAACCGGUGUAGACCUUUACUGUGAAAUGCUUACUUACAAAACCCUUAACCAACAAUGCAAUGAGUUUAAAAAGAAAAGUACGAAUUUGCUAAAUAAACUAAAGGAAAAAUAGUAACACAAUAAAAUAACAAUAACGAGGCUAUAUACAGGGGGACCGGGACCGAGUCAAUGUGCGGGGGUACAGGUUAGUCUAGGUAAUAACGAGGCUAUAUACAGGGGGACCGGGACCGAGUCAAUGUGCGGGGGUACAGGUUAGUCUAGGUAAUAACGAGGCUAUAUACAGGGGGACCGGGACCGAGUCCAUGUGCGAGGGUACAGGUUAGUCUAGGUAAUAACGAGGCUAUAUACAGGGGGACCGGUACCGAGUCCAUGUGCGAGGGUACAGGUUAGUCUAGGUAAUAACGAGGCUAUAUACAGGGGGACCGGGACUGAGUCCAUGUGCGGGGGUACAGGUUAGUCUAGGUAAUAACGAGGCUAUAUACAGGGGGACUGGGACUGAGUCCAUGUGCGAGGGUACGAGGUAAUUGAGGUAAUAUGUAGGUAGAGGUGACUAUGCAUAGAUAAUGAAGAGAGUAGUACCAGCAGCGUGUGUUUGUUUGUACAAGACUGUGUGUGUGUUGGAGUGUCAGGGUAGUAUGUGUGUUUUUUGUUUUUGGGGUGUUGGAGUGGCAGGGUAUGUGUUGGUGUGGUGUGUGGUGGUGGUGUUGGAGUGUAAGGGUAGUUUGUGUGUGUGGGGUGUGUGGUUGGAGUAAAGGGUAGUUUGUGUGUGUGUGGGGUGUGUUGGAGUUCAGGUAGUAUGUGUGUGUGUUGGAGUGUCAUGGGUGUUUGGUGUGUGUGUGUGUUGUGUGGUGUGUGGUGUGUGUUUUGUUGUGGUGGGAGUGUCAGGGUAGUAUGUGGUGGUUGUGUGUUGUGGUGGGUUUGAGUGUAAAGGGGAGUGUGUUUUGUGUGGGGGGUGUGUGUGUUGGAGUGUCAGGGUAGGGGUGUGUUUGUGGUGUGUGUGUGUGUGUGUGUGUGUGUGUUGGAGUGUCAGGGUAGUUUGUGGGGUGUGUGUGUGUGUGUGUGUGUGUGUGUGUGUUUGGAGUGUCAGGGUAGUAUGUGGUGUGGGGUGUGUGUGUUUGGAGUGUCAGGGUAGUUUUGUGUGUGUGUGUGUGGGGUGUGUGUGUGUGUGUUGGAGUGUCAGGGUAUUUGUUGUGUUUGUUGUGUGUGUGUGUGUUGGGUUUGGGGUGUCAGGGUAUUAUGUGUGUGUGUGUGGAGUGUCAGGGGAGUAUUUGUGUGUGUGUGUGUUGGGUUCAGGGUAGGGUUGUGUGUGUGUGUUGUUGGGGUGUCAGGGUAGUAUGUGUGUGGGGUGGUGUGUGUGUGUGUGUGUGUGUGUUGGAGUGUCAGGGUAGUAUGUGUGUGUGUGUGUUGUGUGUGGUUGGAGUUGUCAGGGUAGUAUGUGGUGUGGGUGUGUGUGUGUUGGAGUGUCAGGGUAGUAUGUGGUGUUGGUGUGUGGGUUGGAGGUCAGGGUAGUAUGGUUGGUGUGUGGUGUGGUGUUGGAGUGUCAGGGUAGUAUGGGGGUGUGUGUGGGGUGUGUGUUGGAGUGUCAGGGGGCUAUGUGUAUUUGUGUGUGUGUGUUGGAGUGUCAGGGUAGUAUGUGUAUGCGACUGUAAGAGUGUCAGGGCAGUAUGCGACUGUAAGUCGCUUUGGAUAAAAGCGUCUGCUAAAUGGCUUAUUAUUAUUAUUAUUUAUUAUGUGUGUGUGUGUGUGUGUGUGUGUGUGUGUGUGUUGGAGUGUCAGGGUAGUGUGUGUGUGUGUGUGUGUUGGAGUGUCAGGGUAGUGUGUGUGUGUGUGUGUGUGUUGGAGUGUCAGGGUAGUAUGUGUGUGUGUGUGUGUGUGUGUGUGUGUUGGAGUGUCAGGGUAGUAUGUGUAUGUGUUUGUUGUGUGUUGGUGGGAGGUCAGGUUGUGUGUGUGUGUGUGUUGUGGGUGUUGGAGUGUCCAGGGUAGUAUUGUGUGUGUGUUGUGGGUGUGUGUUGGAAGUGUCAGGGUAGUAAUGGGUACUGUGUGGUGUGUGUGUGUGUUUGUGGGAGUGUCAGGUCGUAUGUUUGUGUUUGUGUGUGUGUGUGUGUUGGAGUGUCAGGGUAGUAUGUGUAUGUGUGUGUGGUGUGUUGAGUGUCAGUUAGUAUGUGUAUGUUGUGUGUGUGGUGUUUGGAGUGUCAGGGUAGUGUGUGUGUGUGUUGGAGUGUCAGGGCCAUUAUUCGCUGUAAGUCGCUUUGGAUAAACGCGUCUGCCUAAAUGGCAUAUUAUUUAUUAUUAUUAUUAUUUAUUAUGUGUGUGUGUGUGUUUGUGUGUGUGUGUGGUGUUUUGAGUGUCAGGGAGUGUGUGUGUGUGUGUGUGUGUGUUGAGUUGUCAGGGUUGUGUGUGUUGUGUUUUGGAGUUCUGUUGGUGUGUGUGUGUGUGGUGUUGGGUGUCAGGUAGUAUGUUUCUUGUUGUGUUUGUGUGUGAUGUGGAGGUCAGGGUUUGUGUGUGUGUGGUGUGUUGUUGGAGUGUCCAGGGUAGUGUGUGUGGUGUUGUAUUGUCAGGGUAGUGUGUGUGUGUGUGGUGUGUUGGAGUGUCAGGGUUAUUAUGGUGUGUGUGUUUGUGUGUGUGUUGUGUGUUGGAGUGUCCGGGUAGUGUGUGGUUGUGUGUGUGUGUGUGUGUGUGUGUUGGAGUGUCAGGGUAGUAUGUGUGUGUGUUUGUGUGUGGCUUGUGUGUGUUUUUGGAGUGUCAGGGUAUGUGUUGUGUGUGUGUGUGUUGCGUGCAGGGGUAUGUGUGUGUGUGUGUGUGUGUGGUGUGGUGUGUUUGGAGUGUCAGGGUCGUAUGUUGUUUGUGUGUGUGUGUGUGUGUGUUGUGUGUUUUGGAGUGUCAGGGUAGUGUGGGUGUGUGUGUGUGUGUUGGAGUGUCUGGUAUUUUGUUUUUGUGUGUGUGUUGUGUUUGUGUUGAUUUGUUUGUGUUUUGUUUUUGUUUGAUUUUCAUUUAUAUUCUAGUAUUUUUUUUUGGGGUUUUUUUUUUUUUUGUGUGUUUUUUUUUCUUGUCCUUGUUUUAUGAUUUCAUUUUUUUUUUUUUUUGUUUUUUUUUUAGUGUCCUUUUCUUUUUUUUUUUUAUUUUUUUUUUGUAUUUUCCUUUUGUUUUUUUUUUUUUAAUUUUCAUUUCUUUCUAUUUUUUUUUUUUUUUUUGGUUUUUUUUUUUCUUUUCCUUUUUAGUUUUUUUUUUUUUUUUUUUUGUCUUUGUACAUUGUUCUUUUUUUUUUUUUUUUUUUUUUUUUUUUUAUUUUAUUGUUUUUUUUUUUUUUAUUUAGUGUCGGGUAUAUGUUUGUGUGUGUGUGUGUGUGUGUGUGUUGGCGUGUCAGGGUAGUGUGUGUGUGUUAGCGUGUCAGGUAGUGUGUGUGUGGUGUGUUUGUGUUGGAGUGUCAGGUAGUGUGUGUGUGUGUGGUGUGUGUGUGUGUGUGUUGUGUUUGUUGGAGUGUCAGGGUAGUGUGUGUGGUUUGUGUUGGAGUGUCAGUGUAGUAUGUGUGAGUUGAGUGGUUAUAGUCCAGUGAGUCUACAUCGAGCCUGUGUAAGAGAUUCAGUAGAAUAAAAACAUGGGGUGAUUCAGAUAGUCAGGGUAGCCAUUUUGGUGAAAAAAAACUGUCCAGAAGUCUUAUGGCUUGGGGGUAGAAGCUGUUCAGUGUCCUGUUGCUUUUUUUUCCAGACUUGGUGGUCAGUACCGCUUGCCGUGCGGUAGCAGAGAGAACGGCUAUUACAUGGGUGACUGGAGUCUUUGACAAUUUUCUGGGCCUUCCUCCUGACACCGCCUGGUAAUACAUGUCCUGGAUGGCAGGGGCUUUUGGCCCCAGUGAUGCCUGGGCCGUACGCACUACCUCUAGCCGCCUUUGCGAUCGGAUCGACAGUGAGCAUACCAACGGUGAUGCAACCAGUCAGGAUGCUCUCGAUGUGCAGCUGUAUAACUUUUUGAGGAUCCGAGGACCCAUGCUAAAUCUUUUCAGCCGUGAAAGGAAGGGGAAAACAGAAGGAGGGAGAGGUUAGAAAAGCCGGAAAACGGAGGAGGUGAGGGCAAGGAAGAUGAGGAGAGGGGGUUGUUGAUCGGAGGAUGUGAGGAAAGAGUGGGCAAAGACGAGGGGGGGGAAGGCGAGGAAAGACCUGAUGGGCAGUAGUCGUUGUGGUGGGCUCUUUUCACGACUGUCUUGGUGUGUUUGACCAUGAUAGUUCCUUUAGUGAUGUGGAUGACCACCAAGGAUCUUGAAGCUCUCGAACCGCUCCACUUCUCUCCUCCACCUCUCCUCUCUCUCUCUCUCUCUCUCUCUCUCUCUCUCUCUCUCUCUCUCCAUCCUCUCUCUCUCUCUCGUCUCUCUUUCAUCGGUCCUCUUCGGUCUCAAUCAUCGAUUCUCUCUCCUAUCUGUUCCUCUCUCCUACCGUUAUCUCCGCUUUCUCGUCUCUCUCAUCUCCUUUCUCUCUCUCUCUCUCUUCUCUCCUUUUCUCGAGUCAGUCUCUCUCUCUCUCUCUCUCUCUCUCUCUCCCGUUCUCUCUGUGUGUAAAUGACUGUGACAUGAAUGCAGAUGGGAGAACAAAUUGCAUGUAUUAUUGUUAUGAUACAUUAAGAUGGCUUCUCCACAAACCGUAGGAGUCGGAGCCUGUGGGAAAGGGACUGUCUUUUCAGAGAGCACCCACCGUCUAUGUCCAUGACUUUACUGUGUUGAGGUGUGACGUUGACUCUGAGUGGCUCGACAUUGAUUGAGUCGAGUGGGAGAGGGAUAGCCUGGUACCAGACCUGUUUGUGCUGUAUAGCGGACUAUAGGUGUUAGUUGACCAUAGCGGUUGGCCACACAGCACAAACAGGUCUGGGACCAGGCUAGGCAGACAGAGAAUGUUGUCCAACUCUAAAUGGCAGGCCACCGAUUGAGGGAGUGGAUGAGAAAUGUAGGUUAGUAGCCCCGGGCCUGGUUUCCCAAAAGCAUCUUAAGGCUAAGUUCAUCGUUAGGAUCCUAUUGUUCUAAGGUGAACAUAGCCUUAAGAUGCUUUUGGGAAAACCGGGCCCUUGUCUAUCUGUGAGUAAUGACUAUCUGAGAUGUUUCUGCGUGAUGAGGCUCUGCCCCACCUACCGAUCACAGACCCCUAGCAAUGUUGUUUUCGCCUGUCGCUGUGGUAGCUGUUACUAAGCAGUGCUGCAGUGGUCAUCAUCAGGAGGAGAUAUUGAUUUUCUCCAGGGGUCGAGCUGAGCCAGCACUAUCGAUCAUCACGCCCCUGUCCCUAACCCUCCUCUCUCCGUUGUAACCCUCCUCUCUCCCGCUCUCUCCUACGCCAUCCCUCAAUCUCUCAUUCUCUCUACCUGUCCCCUAUCCACACCACUCUCUCCCAACUCGCCAUCUCUCAUUCUCUCUACCUGUCCCCUAUCCACACCACUCUCUCCCAACUCGCCAUCUCUCAUUCUCUUUACCUGUCCCCCCACACCACACCACUAAAUCUAAAACUGAAAUCUAAAUCCUCCCUCCCUCAGACUCCUCUCUGACAGGAUGCCCAGGCCCUGAUGCCAACACUGCGCCACAAAAGCUUCUCAUCCUCGAUGCCCGCUCCUAUACCGCUGCAGUGGCCAACCGCGCCAAGGGAGGUGGCUGUGAGUGUGAAGGUCGGUGAACACACAUUUAUUCCUCUCUUCUUCUUCUACUGUCAUGAGCCAGUCACACGUCUUGUUGACAUUCAAACCCGUCAGCCUGACAGACUUGUGUGUUCUGAGCUGGAAUCAAUCAGGUUAUCUAGCAGGUUAAGAGCGUUGGGCCAGUAACCGAAAGGCUGCUGGAUCGAUUCCCCCGAGCCGACUAGGUGAAAAAUCUGUCUGUGCCCUUGAGCCCUUAAUCCUAAAUGCUCCUGUAAGUCUCUCUGGAUAAGAGCGUCUGCUAAAUGACAACAAUGUAGACGUAAAUGUUGAGAGUCCCUAAGCAGUAGAGAGAAAUCGUACUUUGUGUCUGUUUACUUCUGACUGAUGACAUUCUUGUCUCUGUGUGUGUCUGCAGAGUAUUAAUACCCCAUGUGACUGAUGAUAUUGUGUGUUUCAGAGUACUACCCUAACUGUAGUCUUAUGUUUCAGAGUACUACCCUAACUGUAGUCUUAUGUUUCAGAAGUACUACCCUAACUGUUCGUUCUUAUGUUUCAAGAGUAUACCCUAAAAUGUAGUCUAUGUUUCAGAUUACUACCCUAACUGUAGUCUUUUUCAGAGUACUACCCUAACUGUAGUCUUAUGUUUCAGAGUACUACCCUAACUGUAGUCUUAUGUUUCAGAGUACUACCCUAACUGUAGUCUUAUGUUUCAGAGUACUACCCUAACUGUAGUCUUAUGUUUCAUAGUAUACCCAACUGUAAGUCUUAUGUUUCAGAGUACUAAAAAAAACCCCCGGAGGUAAUAAAAGUUGGAUAGGGGAAAUAGGGGGGUGGAACAUGUGGGGGAGAAUGUGGGCACUGAAGAGAUGGCAAUGGCGGGUCAGUAAAGAGGGGUGAGCGGGAAGGAGGGUUAGUUCGAUGCGACGCUAGAGAGGCGGGAUUUAUGGGGGUUGCAGGCAAGGGGGGCGUAUGCGGGUACCACACAACGAGAGGGGUAUAGGAGUGAGGGGGUUAGUGAUGAGAGGUGGGUGCACUCCCCUAACUGUAAGUCUUAUGUUUCAGAGUACUACCCUACCGUAGUCUUAUGUUUUCAGGUACUACCCUAACUUGUAGUCUUAUGUUUUCAAGAGUACUACCCUAACUGUAUCCUUAUGUUUCAGAGUACUACCCUAACUGUUCUUAUGUUUCAGAAGUACUACCUAACUGUAUGUCUUAUGUUUCAGAGUACUACCGCUAACUGUCGUCUUUAUUUUUUCAAGUACUACCUAACUGUAGUCUUAUGUUUCAGAUUACGACCCUAACUGUAGUCUUAUGUUUCAGAGUACUACCUAACUGGGGUAGUCUAUAUUUCAGAUACUACCCUAACUGGUAGUCUUAUGUUUCAGAGUUCUACCCUAACUGUAGUCUUAUGGUUUUCGAUACUACCCAAUCUGUAGUCUAUUUUCAGAGUACUACCCUAACUGUAGUCUAUGUUUCAGAGUACUUACCCUAACUGUAGUCUUUAUGUUUGAGUACUACCCGUAACUGUAGUCUGUUUAUGUUUUCGAGUACUACCCUACUGUAGUCUAUGUUUCAGAGUACUACCCUAACUGUAGUCUUAUGUUUCAGAGUACUACCCUAACUGUAGUCUUAUGUUUCAGAGUACUACCCUAACUGUAGUCUUAUGUUUCAGAGUACUACCCUAACUGUAGUCUUAUGUUUCAGAGUACUACCCUAACUGUAGUCUUAUGUUUCAGAUUACUACCCUAACUGUAGUCUUAUGUUUGAGUACUACCCUAACUGUAGUCUUAUGUUUCAGAUUACUACCCUAACUGUAGUCUGUUUAUGUUUCAGAUUACUACCCUAACUGUAGUCUGUUUAUGUUUCAGAGUACUACCCUAACUGUAGUCUGUUUAUGUUUCAGAGUACUACCCUAACUGUAGUCUGUUUAUGUUUCAGAUUACUACCCUAACUGUAGUCUGUUUGUGUUUCAGAGUACUACCCUAACUGUAGUCUUAUGUUUCAGAGUACUACCCUAACUGUAGUCUGUUUCAGAGUACUACCCUAACUGUAGUCUGUUUCAGAGUACUACCCUAACUGUAGUCUGUUUAUGUUUCAGACUACUACCCUAACUGUGAAGUGAUGUUCAUGGGCAUGGCCAACAUCCACUCCAUUAGGAACAGCUUCCAGUCCCUCCGAGCCGUCUGCAGCCAGAUCCCCGACCCUGGGAAGUAAGUGGAUCCCUCUGACAUCUCUCCUAUCAUCCCUCCAUUCCUUUCUCCAGGCCUCAGUAAGUUUACACCACAGGGAGGGAGGGAAUGCAGUCAGCUACAAUCCAGCCUCAUUCCUGCUGGGCAGGCCAGCUGUCUGUCUCUAAAGUGUGUUUGUGGUGUUUAUGUAUUUGCGUGUGUGCUGUGUCAGACCUGGGUUCAAAUAGUAUUUGAAAUAAUUUCAAAUAUUUAAGCUGUGCUUUUAUUGAACUUGCCUGUCACACACUAGAGAAGCAAUAGAAAAGUCCCAAGAGGGCAAAUCCCGCCCACCUGGGACUCCAGGCUGGCUAAAGCAAACGCUCAAAGUACCUGAAAGAUUUCAAAUAGUAUUUGAACCCACGUCUUGUAUGUGUCUCCUUGCAUGUGGACAGUGCAUGCCCCAACUGCCCAACUGGAAUCAGGUGAUGCACGCAGAGGGUUAUUCUAGUGGUAGACUUCCUGGUAUUCUAAAAGAGGUGCUGUAGUGAGUGACCCUCUUUAAAAUGACAGAGCCCAUUACUUACAGAGCUAGGUCAGGGGAUCCCCUCCCUCUUCCCCCUGCCUCUCCCUGGUGUCCAGGUUAUCCCCGGUUACUCAACCCAGCAGUGUUUAUUUACCUUCAGAAGCCUGGGGCUCCCUCGGAAUACAUUCUGGAACCUCUAGACCUGUUCUCAUUGGUCGCCCCUCGGUUUGUGCAUUCACAGCUGGCUGUCUGCUCUGGAGAGCACCCGUUGGCUGCAGCACCUGUCCGUCAUGCUGAAGGCAGCCACUCUGGUGUGCUCUGCGGUGGAAAGGGAGGGACGUCCAGUUCUGGUGCAUUGUUCAGACGGGUGGGACCGCACCCCCCAGAUUGUGGCGCUCGCCAAGAUCCUGCUGGACCCAUUCUAUAGGACACUAGAGGUAGACACUCACACUGGCCCUUAUGAUACUGUGGUGCAAUGAUGAAAACAGUGUGCUUCUUUUAUACGGACACUUAACACUGAUGCAGCAAAUAUCAGGUUUUAUGUUCUGAUAGUACGUUGAUGGUACGACCAGUUGUUUCACACAUCCUAUUGAAUUUACAACAACACACACACCUUUUAUACAGUGAUAGGUUAUAUUUACACAUACGUGUCACAAGGGAGCACUUUGUCAGUUUACAAUAAAGAGAACUGAAUUGCAGUGAUGUGAGAGAUGACUGGAUCUGACUUGGCCUCGCCAUCCACAGGGUUUCCAGGUGCUGGUGGAGACGGAGUGGUUGGACUACGGUCAUAAGUUUGGCGACCGCUGCGGUCACCAGGAGAAUGCCGAUGACGUGAGUGAGCAGUGCCCCGUCUUCCUCCAGUGGCUGGACUGUGUUCAUCAGCUGCUCAAACAGUUCCCCUGCCUCUUCGAGUUCAACGAAGCCUUCCUGGUACGUCCACUGCACCUCGCCUUCCCACAGCUUCUUUUCUUUCUCUCUGUUCUACACCCAUACAUUCUCUCACUUGCUUUCUUUCUCUUUACCUCUCCUUAUUUCUCAAUCUCCCUUUCUCUCUUUUCAUUCGUUCUCUUUGCUCUUACCUGGUCUCUCUUUCUCUCUUUUCAUUCGUUCUCUUGGCUCUUACCUGGUCUCUCUUUCUCUCUUUUCAUUCGUUCUCUUUGAAGAGUAAGGCAUGUUACUAAUAUUCUGUUGGUAAAAUACCUUUCUUAAAGAUCAUUUAAAGUUUCUACAUGAAAUAGAUAUCAGAGUGUAACCUUUGAGCAACAGUGUUAUGUGUGUUGUAUGUAAGGACUUAACCGUAUAUGACUGUACUCUGUUUAGUUCUGUUUAGGAGUGUAGUGUUACUGAAUGUGUAUUGGCAUAACCGUGCAUGUUGUGUUCCUCUCCUCUCAGGUCAAGCUGGUUCAGCACACAUACUCCUGCCUUUAUGGGACGUUCCUGUGUAACAACGGGCGGGAGAGAGAGGCCCGCAACAUCUACAAACGCACCUGCUCCGUCUGGUCUCUGCUCCGCACCGGCAACAAGAACUUCCAGAACUUCCUCUUUAUCCCCAGUCAUGAUAUGGUAACCGCUACUGUCCCCGCUUCUCUCCGCUUCUUAUCUCUUCUCCUCUCCUGGUUAUUAACAGAGGGAUCUGCUGUGCUUCAGACAGUAGCAAAAUGUCAGAAGGGCAGAAAAUAAUUUUUGGGGGCCAGAUAUACUGAGGGUUUUUUCCAUUUUCACAUUGACACAGUGUAUCGAUUUCUUUCCCUGUCCAAUACACUUCUGAGGAUGCCGAGGCUCAGAGUGUGUCUAUACAAUGACUGGAGCUAUUUGGUACUUUUGUUGACCUUUUAACCUCCUAGAGUCGAUGGCGGAAAUCUAAUUAGCAUUUAAAAAAAUCCCCAUAAAAAUCUGUCAGUUUAAGCUAGAGAUAUCUGUUUGUUUUUUUUGCAUGGGCUGCGUCUCAAUCCACCGCAUGGGCCUGCGUCUCAAUCCACCGCACCCGCCGAUGUCGCACUUCCGCAUCCUGCGGUGAAAGGUGACAGAGCUAGAGCGGUGUCAGACCGUGAGACGUCUCGAAAAUCGGUCUUCUCACAAAAUGGUCUGUAGUGUCCGAACGGUUUGGCCUACACACUGAUAUGACCUCUCUGUGGGAAGGUGAGACUCUCACCAACACGCUUUUGCUCUUGGACGCCUAACAGGCCUCACAAGACUUAUCUGAAGGUCCUCCCCCCAACGGUACCAGUUGAACAUAUGAAUGGAAGUGCACUACCGGUCAAAGGUUUUAGAACACCUACUCAUUCAAGGGGUUUUUCUUUAUUUGUAAUAUUUUCUACAUUGUAGAAUAAUAGUGAAGACAUCAAAACUAUGAAAUAACACACAUGGAAUCAUGUAGUAACCAAAUAAGUGUUAAACAAAUCAAAAUAUAUUUUAUAUUUGAGAUUCUACAAAGUAGCCACCCUUUGCCUUGAUGACAGCGUUGAACACUCUUGGCAUUAGCAAGUAUGUGGACACCUGCUUGUCGAACAUCUGAUUCCAAAAUCAUGGGCAUUAAUAUGGAGUUGGUCCCCCCUUUGCUGCUAUAACAGCCUCCACUCUUCUGGGAAGGCUUUCCACUAGAUGUUGGAACAUUGCUGCGGGGACUUGCUUCCAUUCAGCCACAAGAGCAUUAGUGAGGUCGGGCACUGAUGUUGGGCGAUUAGGCCUGGCUCGCAGUCUGCGUUCCAAUUCAUCCCAAAAGGUGUUAGAUGGGGUUGAGGUCAGGGCUCUGUGCAGGCCAGUCAAGUUCUUCCACACUGAUCUCGACAAACCAUUUCUGUAUGGACCUCGCUUUGUACAUGGGGGCAUUGUCAUGCUGAAACAGGAAAGGGCCUUUCCCAAACUGCUGCCACAAAGUUGGAAGCACAGAAUGUCAUUGUAUGCUGUAGCGUUAAGAUUUCCCUUCACUGGAGCUAAGGGGCUUAGUGCGAACCAUGAAAAACAGCCCCAGACUAUUAUUCCUCCUCCACCAAACUUUACAGUUGGCACUAUGCAUUGGGGCAGGUAGCAUUCCCCUGGCAUCCGCUAAACUCAGAUUCGUCCGUCGGGACUGCCAGAUGGUGAAGCGUGAUUCAUCACUCCAGAGAACGCGUUUCCACUGCUCCAGAGUCCAAUGGCGGCGAGCUUUACACCUCUCCAUUCGACUCUUGGCAUUGGGCAUGGUGAUCUUAGGGUUGUGUGAUGCUGCUCUGCCAUGGAAACCCAUUUCAUGAAGCUCCCAAUGAACAGUUAUUGUGCUGAUGUUGCUUCCAGAGGCAGUUUGGAACUCAGUAGUGAAUGUUGCAACUGAAGACAGACGAUUUUUACACGCUACGCGCUUCAGCACUCGGUGGUCCCGUUCUGUGAGCUUGUGUGGCCUACCACUUCGCGGCUGAGCCGUUGUUGCUCCUAUACGUUUCCACUUCACAAUAAACAGCACUUACAGUUGACCGGGGCAGCUCGAGCAGGGCAGAAAUUUGACGAACUGACUAGGUGGAAAGGUGGCAUCCUAUGACGGUGCCACGUUGGAAGUCACUGAGCUCUUCAGUACCGGCCAUUUCUACUGCCAAUGUUUGUCUAUGGAGAUUGCAUGGUUGUGUGUUCGAUUUUAUACACCUGUCAGCAACGGGUGUGGCUGAAAUAGCCGAAUCCACUAAUUUGAAGGCGUGUCCACAUACUUUUAAAUGGCUUUACUGAGAUCAUUUUUUGUGUUCGUCUAUUAUUGACCUCUGCUCCUAACCCUCCCUGUCCCUUGUGUCCAGGUGCUGCAGCCGGUGUGCCACACCCGGGCCCUGCAGCUGUGGACGGCCGUCUACCUGCCCACCUCCUCACCCUGCACCUCUGCCGAGGACGCCAUGGAGCUCUACCUGUCCCCCGGCCUACAGGGAGACGAGCUCACCUCACGGUCCCUGGACAGGUAGGGCUUUCCACUCACUCCAGUCUUCUGUCUCUUAGUGCAUUUGUAAAACCAUUGACUUAAUUCUAUCUCCUUGUAUCUCUGAGCUCUCUGUGUUUUCAAGGGCUUAUUUUCGGUAUUGUUUUUUAAGGAUUUACUCACGGUGGGGUAAAUCAUGAUGAACAGGCUCAUGGGCUCAGUGUAUCUACAGCUCUAGUGUUUAGAUCCUGCCUGCCCUCUAGUGGUACAGAAGGGAAGCUCACCUGCCUGCCCUCUAGUGGUACAGAAGGGAAGCUCACCUGCCUGCCCUCUAGUGGUACAGAAGGGAAGCUCACCUGCCUGCCCUCUAGUGGUACAGAAGGGAAGCUCACCUGCCUGCCCUCUAGUGGUACAGAAGGGAAGCUCACCUGCCUGCCCUCUAGUGGUACAGAAGGGAAGCUCACCUGCCUGCCCUCUAGUGGUACAGAAGGGAAGCUCACCUGCCUGCCCUCUAGUGGUACAGAAGGGAAGCUCACCUGCCUGCCCUCUAGUGGUACAGAAGGGAAGCUCACCUGCCUGCCCUCUAGUUGGACAGAAGGGAAGCUCACCUGCCUGCCCUCUAGUUGGACAGAAGGGAAGCUCACCUGCCUGCCCUCUAGUGGGACAAAAGGGAAGCUCACCUGCCUGCCCUUUUGUGGUAUAGAAGGGAAGCUCACCUGCCUGCCCUUUUGUGGUACAGAAGGGAAGCUCACAGAUGAGGGAAGCUCCACCACUUUCAUUAACUUGAGAUUUGUAUUUAUUCCCCUCUGUGCAGGCUUCCUAAGACUCGCUCCAUGGACAACCUGGUGUCUGCCUGUGAGAACGGGGUGGCCCUCACCCGCACCUCCAGCGACCCCAACCUCAAUAAGCAUUGUCAGGAGGGCCGCACGGGCCUUGGCCUGGAGCCUAUGGCUGCUAUAGGAGGAGGGGCCGCACCUGACAGCCCAGAGGACGUCAGCCCUGACACGGGAUUGGAAAGCGAUGACUCUGAGGUGGAGCCCGUCACUCAAAUCCCUCCUACCACACCCCUGGAGAUGGAGCCGAGGGAAGAGGGCUUUGAGGAGGAGGAGUUGAGAGAGGAGAUCUGUCUCACCACCCAGCCCCUGCCCUCCCUGCCCUUCUCCCCCAUCGCUCUGGAGCAGGGCCUCGCCCACCUCCCCUCUCUCCCCCUGCCCACACCAAUCCUCCAUCAGACCCUCUCCCAGACCACCAGCCCCCCAGUUCCUCCCCCUCGACUGCCACAUCAGAUGGCUGACAGUCACUCCAGGACUGCCUUGGUCACUACCCGUCCUGCCUGCAUACCAUCACCACCUGCCUGGAAGGGCCCACUACCGGCAGCCGUUCUGAACAGGCCUAUCACCAAUGGCCUCCAGAUCGGACGCUCCACUUCUUCAGAGCUGCUGGCCCCUGAGCAGCUAGUUCCCAUACUUCCUACGGCCAUGGAGGACUCCACCGAGACGCUCACAGACGAAACAGAGGCCCCACCAACGCUACCCCCUAGCAGGAGAGAAAGUCUAGGCCAGGCCCAGGCCCCAGAGUGGGCCUUACCCCAGGCCCAGGGAGAGGAGGGAGAGGGGAAGAGGACAGAGGGUGUGAGUGGUAGAGACCUGGUGCCUCUGAGAGGACGUGUGAUAGCAGUACCAACAUCAAAGGUAGCAGCGUCCUUCGCCUCCACAGUGCCCCCUGUUGACAACAGCCAGGCGGUGGAGGUGCGACGCCGGGUCUCUCAGAGCCAACUGCGUGUCAGUGAGGAGCUGUCUCUGCUGGGCUCUCGCUGGGAGAGUGUCCAGGGCCUGGUCCAGUCUGCCUGCAGCACUGCAGCCAGCCACUCUGGACUCUCAGCCAACCUCUCGUCAGGCUUCUGUCGAGCCCUUCAGCCCACUGCCUACCAGAGUCGACGCCUGGCUGGCAAGCUGCUGCGCGCCCAGGGCAUGGCCGUGCCCAACGGCGUGCCUAACGGAGGUUCGCAGUACGGCCGAAGGGAGAGGGAGGACAGGGUGCGCUCCUCGGCUCCAGCCCCAGCCAGCUCCAGCCCUGUCAGGUCCGGGUCAGGCUGGCUCUCUGCAGUCAGAAGCAGCCCGGGCUACGCUGCCAUCAUGUGCCCAACCAUCACCAGCGCUCCACCCACCUUUUCAAUCCGCCAGCUCCUCCCAGCCUCUCCCUGCUCCUCGGCCUCCCCCGUGCCCUCCUCCCAGCCGCCCCCGGCCUACCUGGAUGAUGACGGGCUGCCGGUGCCCGUGGACGCGGUGCAGCAGCGCCUCAGGCAGAUGGAGGCGGGGUAUAAACAGGAAGUGGAGGUGCUGAGAUGCCAGGUGCGCCAGCUGCAGAUGAGGCUGGAGAGGAAACAGUACGGCACGCCGCCCUCCGAGCCUGACGUCGACUACGAGGACGACAUUGUGAGUAGAUCUCCUACUUGGACUUUGAACCCCAAUGUAUUAUUACUGUGAUGUGAAAGGAUAUACAUGUAGGACGUUACUAAAUACUUCAUAAUUACAACCCAAAUGUUAACUUUGGUGGAAUUGCCCUUUAAUAGAGAGCCAAUCCCUCAAUAGCCAGUAAACGAAAAGUUGCUGGUUCGUAUUCCCGAGCCGACUAGGUGAAAAAAUUUACCGAUGUGCCCUUAAGCAAGGCAUUUAACCCUAAUUGCUCCUCUAAGUGUCUUUGGAUAAGAGCGUCUGCUAAAUGACAUGUAUAUGUGCUAGUGGGGUUAGUUGUAAUAGUUGUCUCUGUACAAAAAAAGAAAGGAAAGUGUGGAACUGUCUCUCUCGCUCUCUCUCAUCAUGUCACCCUCCCUCUCAUUUUCACCUGUCUGACCGCUUGUCUGUCCUCUUGUCUGUCCUCUCCGUCUCCAGACGUGUCUGCGUGAGUCAGACGACAGUGAUGAGGAGGACAGUCUAUCGGACCACAGCGAGGACCGUUUCUCCGAGGGCAGCUGGGACAGAGUGGAGCAGAAGGAGACAGAGGUCAGCGUCCCUCAUAGUCUCCUAUCCCUAACCCUGCCCCCUAACCCUAACCCUGUAGUCUACUGCCCCCUAACCCUAACCCCACCCCUAACCCCACCCCUAACCCCACCCCUAACCCCUAACCCUCAUAGUCUACUGCCCCCUAACCCCUAACCCUCAGUCUACUGCCCCCUAACCCCUAACCCUCAUAGUCUACUGCCCCCUAACCCCUAACCCUCAUAGUCUACUGCCCCCUAACCCCUAACCCUCAUAGUCUACUGCCCCCUAACCCCUAACCCUCAUAGUCUACUGCCCCCUAACCCCUAACCCUCAUAGUCUACUGCCCCCUAACCCCUAACCCCUAACCCUCAUAGUCUACUGCCCCCUAACCCCUAACCCUCAUAGUCUACUGCCCCCUAACCCCUAACCCUCAUAGUCUACUGCCCCCUAACCCCUAACCCUCAUAGUCUACUGCCCCCUAACCCCUAACCCCUAACCCUCAUAGUCUACUGCCCCCUAACCCCUAACCCUCAUAGUCUACUGCCCCCUAACCCUAACCCUCAUAGUCUACUGCCCCCUAACCCCUAACCCUCAUAGUCUACUGCCCCCUAACCCCCCUAACCCCUAACCCCCCCCAACCCCUAACCCCUAACCCCCCCCUAACUUUAUACUACAUUGUACACUACAGCCCCUCCCACUCACCUUUUACCUUUCUGCCCCAGAUACCUAUAUACAUAUACUAUAUACCGAUACACUGUUCUAAUAGGUGUCUGUCUGUCUGUCUGUCUGCAGGUCACAAGAUGGGUCCCCGAUCACAUGGCCUCCCAUUGUUUCAACUGCGACUGUGAGUUCUGGAUGGCCAAGAGACGUCAUCACUGCAGGUUUGUUAAGCUUUACCUUUGAUCACUAAUGGAAGCAUUAAUCAAGAUGUCCCUAGAUAAGAUAUCAUAAGUAAGCUCCUGUAAAGUGUAGGAUAAUGAACAUUAGUCUAUACCUUCAACGCUCAGCAGAUUUUAUACCACACCUACUAGGGAUUUUAGAUUUUAAAAACGACAGCUCCUGUUUAGCAAAAAAAGUUUUACUUUUUACUUAAAGUUUUAUAUUUGGGUUAGGGUUUGUUUUACCGACCUUAGUUGAAUGCACUCUCUGGAUAAGAGCGUCUGCUGAGUGACUGAAAUGUGAAUCUAGUUGACUCUGUCUCUGUCUCCUCAGGAACUGUGGCAAUGUGUUCUGUAAAGACUGCUGCCACCUGAAGCUGCCCAUCCCAGACCAGCAGCUGUAUGACCCUGUCUUGGUGUGUAACGUCUGCUAUGACCUACUGCUGGAGGCCAGGAACAGAGAGAUCCGCAGCCAGCAGCUCAAGAAGCCCAUCGCCACAGCCUCCAGCUGA